AUGAUUAGAGGAUAUCCUUCUAAGCUUCAAAUUUUAUCUUCUUCAAGGAUCCCACAAAGACAUUUUUUGACAAAACAAAGGACUUGUGGGGUUGAAUUGAAAAGUAUGAGGUCAUGGCAUAAGGAAUGGUACCAUAGAUUCAUGUUGAUCAAGGCCAUUUUUGUUCUCAUCAUCGUUAGUUUUUGCUCACAAUACAAGUCAAUGUGGAUUAGUAGUUUUAAGGAUAUCUUGGUUAUACUUCUUCCAUAUUUCCAUCUUUGUUACCAGCUCCUCAAAAGCAUUAUAUUUGUGCCGGAAACGUUUAAAGUUUUUUUGGAAAAGAUCAGUGUCAUUGGCUGCACAAGUCUCGAGGAAUUUUCCGUCUCCUCGGAUUUCAUUGAAAACUUGGAUUUAAGCAGUAUAGAGAUUCAAACACUUGACCUAUCUAAUGGGCUUCUUCGUAAUCUUAAGUGGCUUAAUCUUGAGAGUUCAAGACUUGAGUAUCUUCCAAAGGAGUUACCUAGCCUAACAUCUAUUAAGGAGCUUAGGACUUCUGGCAGUGGACUAAAAGUUAAGAAACACAGCAUGAUCGUCACCACCACCGAAUAG